AUGAACGCCUCAGCAGUCUCUCCAGGGGACCAUUUCUUUGAAGCAGACGGCAUCCGUUUCCACUACUUCGUCGGUGGAAGCGGUCCUCUCGUUGUUGUCCAGUCAGUUGGCUGGGGUAUGCCCGCGGACUACCUCAUAAGUGGUUUUGGUCCUCACCUGGAACAGAAGAACUCAGUGGUGUAUUUUGAGCCGCGCGGCAAUGGCGAAUCUAGUAGGCCUGCUGAUGCUGAAACAAUGUCCGCCAAAAGGAUGGCCGAAGACCUGGAUCACCUCCGAAAUCAUCUUGGGCUCGAACGCUUCCCUGUUUUGGUCGGUGCAUCUCAUGCUGCCGCCAUAGCGCUGUGGUACGCCGAGAAGUACGCAUCUCGAGUUGACAAACUCAUACUUGUUGGAGCCCAGAUUAUGGACAGUCCUCCCAAUACACACAUGAUGGACUGGUACAGCAAGCGCAAGGAUGACCCUGCAUACGCAGCCGCAGCGGCUACGCUGAUGGGGUUCUAUGGCGGAGGGUCGGAAGGAAUCCCCAGGACAGAUGAACAAUUCAGGGCAGCAAUGGACACGCUCCUGCCGUGGUAUUUUUCAGAUACCUCCAAAGCCGACAUUCUGCGCCAGCAAUUCGCGGCGGGCAAGACCCAGCUGGCAUUAUACGGCCUCCAGACGAACGUAAACGACAUGAAGCCAGAGAACAAACUACCACAUAUCGAGGACGCAGGCAAGGUGCAGGCCAAGACACUGAUACUUUGGGGUGCGGAAGACGCCAUGUGCAGUCAAGGGGCUGCACAUGCUAUCGCGAAUGGCAUCGCUGGAUCCAAGUUGGUCAUCAUCCCGGGAGUAGGGCACUGCAUGCACCUCGAGGCACCAGAGAGAUUCGGAGUUGAGCUGUCCAAGUUUCUCGAUCUUUGA